AUGACAACACUACUGCUGAAUUAUUUGAAGAUUGGUUCCAAACUAAACUUUUGCCAAAUAUUCCACCCAACAGUGUUAUGUCGUCAUGGAUGCUACCACAAUCGAAGACUAGAUAAGGCACCUUGUUCAAACGACAUAAAAGCCAUCAUAAAAGAUUACAUAGUAAAUGAUGAUUUGUACUUUGAGGAAAAUUACACAAAAAAGCAGUUACUGAAAGUUUUAAAAAGCUAUUCAAUAAAAAAGAAAUAUUUUUGUGACACAUUAGCUGGGACAUACGGUGCUCAGACUUCCUCCUUACCACUGUAUAUUUAA